AUGGCAACCCUCGCAAGCGCAUCCGCACCUGGACCUGGCCCCGUGCGGGCCGCUGUGCCGCGUGUGCCCAUCCCCGCCAAGGGCGUCGACUACCGCAACAAAAUCGUCCUCGCACCAAUGGUCCGAUCUGGAGAACUACCCUCCCGCCUCCUGGCAUUGAAAUACGGCGCCGACCUCGUCUGGGGUCCCGAGACAGUUGACCGCUCUUUGAUCGGUGCCGAGCGACGCGUAAACCCACGAAACGGCACAAUCGAAUUCACUCGCAUGCCCAGCAACGGCGGACGCCCCAACAAACCAACAAAAGAAUCAGUCAUCUACCGCAUCGACCCAGCACGUGAAAAAGGCCGGUUGGUCUUCCAACUUGGCACAGCCGACCCGAAACUAGCAGUGGCAGCAGCGCGUGUCGUGGCCGACGACGUCUCAGGCAUCGAUCUCAACUCUGGCUGUCCCAAACCCUUCUCCACAAGCGGUGGCAUGGGCGCCGCCCUCCUCCGCACUCCGGAUCUUCUCGUCUCUAUCCUAGAGAGCCUUGUCAAGGAAGUCGGCGAUCCUCACCAAAUCGGCAUCUCGGUCAAGAUUCGCAUCCUCUCCAACCCCGAAGAAACAAAGGCCCUCGUCUCCCGUCUUGUGAAGACAGGCAUCACAGCCUUGACAGUACACUGUCGCACUACUCCCAUGCGACCACGCGAAGCUGCAAUCCGUGACCAACUCUCAAUGAUAGCAGAAAUUUGUCACCAGGCCGGUGUGGCGUGCGUGAUGAACGGCGAUGUGACUUCGCGUGACCAGGGGCAUGCGCUGAUGAAGGAGUACCAAGUUGACGGUGCGAUGAUCGCGACCUCUGCGGAGAAUAACUCGUCUUGUUUCCGGGCUAAGGAGGAUGGUGGCCUUGCCCCGUGGCGGGAGGUCGUUUACGAGUACAUGCGCUUCUGUAUCGAAUCGGAAAACCGUCUGGGAAAUACCAAGUACCUGCUCAAUAUGCUGAUCCCCGGCAAGGACAAAGAGUUCAAGGAUGCGAAGCUGUCGAAGACGUAUCUUGAUAUCUGUCGCAGAUUGAAAUUUGAUGAUUUACUUCCUGCUGCUGCGACUAUUGAUCAAAUCCUCGGUCUCGAUGAUAAGUGGGAGGUUGCCCCCGAUGUGACCUCUACACCGACCCAGGCUGAACCUGAUAUACCGGCUCAGUCUGAACCUAAGUCUAAGGCUGUGCAGAAUGCUAUGGAGUCUGAGACUGCUCGUGCGGCUGGCGGCGGUGCUGCUCGGACUAAGACGCCCUUGCCAGCUGUUCAUGCAGGUGGUCCCAUUCGACGGUCUUCUGCUCCUCAGCCGGCUAAGGUUACUCAAGUUGGUGUUGAGCAGCCAGCUGUUGAGACUACUAUUCCCGCUGCACAGACCGAGGCUCCAUCUCAGGUGACGGCGUAA